GAGAGGUAGCUGCCAGUAUGACGUCAUUUAAACGGUGGAGAUCGUACGUGUGUGCCGUUCGCGAGCAAAACACAUCGUGCAUGAUUUUGUCAGAUGGGCUGUGCGAGAGAAAAGACCUGAUGUGGACCCUUGUGCAAGAUGGUUAGAGAGACUAGACACCUCUGGAUUGGAAAUUUACCGGAUAAUAUUCGGGAAGAGAGGAUAUUGGAGCAUUUUAAACGGUAUGGUAAAGUCCAGAGUGUGAAGAUUUUAGCCAAAAAGGAUGAAGACACGCCAACGGUGGCCGCUACUGUGGCUUUCAUAGACAUUCGAUCUGCUGCUAAAGCGCACAAUGCAGAUAAUAAAAUAGACGAAAGGACGUUAAAAACAGAUUAUUAUGAACCCCCAGUGUCUAGUGCGGCCAGUUCUGCUACUUGUAUUUAUAUUCAUGAGAAAGACGACGCUUUAGGAAGACCUGGUGCACCUCCUUACACUACACCAAGAACACCAAGAUAUCCACAUUGUGUGCCAGAAGAAAGAUCAUAUGAGCGUCCCUCUCACUACUAUGACCGCCUUGGCGAGAGGGAGCCUUACAUAAGGCGGACAGUUGGGAUUGGUUACCAUGAUGAUGAAAGUUACCAAGCAAGAGGACGCACACGAGAUAGGUAUUCACGUGCUGCACCAGGGACUAUAUACCCAGAGGGAACAGAUAGAAAUCAAGGACAUUUUCCUCGUAGUCAUACACAGCGUCAACAUUUUGAACAGCAACGUUACCCACCACUUGACCAGUAUGGUGAUGAACGAGAAGUAGCACCAGCAGGAACAGGGAGAUUACCACGGAGAUCGACGAUAACAACAUCGUCCAUCAGCUCAACCGUUGACUCUCCACCUCACUCUCAAGUUGGGAGCAGGCAACGGCGACAGGGAACAUCAAGGCGGUCCUCCCACUCUCGUUCAGGAUCCCCGUCGAAUUUUCGGUCACAGUCAAGUUCUCGUAGCAGUAGUGAUAGUCGAUCAUCUAGUUCAUCAUCAAAACUUCGAAGUAGUUCCAGUGACAGCAGUAGUAGGUCGCCAUCACCGUCCAAGUCUCAGUCACCUGCGACCUCCUAUGGCAGCCAAGGAAGUGGGAAAACAGUACGCUCAGAUUGGCUAAACAGUACAGUCACUGCAGUGUCAUCUUUGUUUUUGCCACCUGCUGUAACAAAUUUGAAUUCUAACAACUUGUCUCUGGGAAAUCAGUGCUCAAAUCAACCACAAAACUGUGCAUCAAGUCCUAUUAACAACCAUAGUGACAGGGAGGAGCGAAGGCCACUUGCCAUUUGUGUCCGAAAUCUUCCAGUUCGGUCAACAGACACAAGCCUGAAAGAUGGACUGUUCCACGAAUACAAGAAACAUGGAAAAGUCACUAUUGUUAAAGUAAUUGGUCAGGGAACAGACAGAUAUGCAGUGGUUUGUUUCAAAAAGCCAGAUGAUGUAGAGAAAGCUUUAGAGGUUUCCAAAGAUAAGUUAUUCUUUGGCUGCAAGAUUGAAGUCACAGCACAUGAGGGACUAGAUGGUGAAGAUAAUGAGUUUCGACCUUUAGAGGCUGAACUUGACGAAUAUCAUCCCAAAGCAACAAGAACAUUAUUUAUUGGCAACCUAGAAAAAGAUAUUACUCACUUGGACCUCAGAAAACAUUUUGAGCAGUUUGGAGAAAUUAUUGAGAUUGACAUUAAGAAACAGGGAGCUACCAGUACAUCCUCAUAUGCUUUCAUUCAGUUCAUGGACAUUUCUAGUGUUGUGAAAGCCAUGCGGAAACUGGAUGGUGAAAAUCUUUUUGGGGCCAGUAGGAUAAAAUUAGGAUUUGGUAAAAGCAUGCCCACAUGUUGUGUAUGGAUAGAUGGUGUUGUGGAAUCUGUACCAGAGAAAUUUCUUAGGCGUCAUUUUGGACGUUAUGGACCAGUCAGGAAUACUGUGAUAGACAGAGAAAAGGGCCAAGCCCUAGUGUUUUAUGACUCAAUAGAUAUUGCACAAAAUGCAGUUGCUGAAAUGAGAGGAAGAAUGCUAGGAAACAAAAGGCUGCAGGUGGAUUUUGCUAGUCGUGAAUGCCAGGCUUCAUUUUGUGACAAAUUAGGGCCACCAGGUCUAGAGGUUCUACCAGGUGAUCGCCAGUGGGAACGAAGGGAAAGGCGAGAAUUUGACCCACUUAGAGAUGAACAAUAUGGAAGAGACGGAAGAUUAGGAUUUGAUGGCAGAGUUUAUAGUCGCUUUGAGGGGCAACAACGUCCUAUCAGGGGAAAUUUUCGAGGCAUGUCACGUGGAGGCUAUAACAACUGUGGUCGAGGCCAGCCAUUUAGUGGGAGGUACGAAACUUAUUCUGAGGACUUUUUAGAUAGAAGGCAUCGAAACUUUGAUGAAGAGUACAGCCAGGGUAGUGGGGCCAGUAUAGAGGACUCCUAUGAACAAGAACUUAGAGAGUAUGGCUACAGUCAGCGAGAAAGAAGAGAAUACGGAAGUGAUGAAUAUACUAUUCAGGGACAGAAUUACAGCCCUUUACAUAGGCGAGACACAAACAGUAUUAGUCCUUCAAGGGAGAAACAUAGGGAUGAUCGCAGUACAAGUCCCUUGGCCAGGAGUGAAAGGUCAUCAACCAGGGGGAGUUCAAAGACAGCAGAUGACUACCAUUCCAGAUUUGGUGGAAAAGAGGAAGGUUCAGAAGAUGCUGUAAAUAUGGAAGAUAAGGAGACAACUGUCAAACAAGAGAGAAAACGAAGCAAACAGGGAAACUGUGCCAGUGAUCUGGAGAGCCACCAGAGUCAAUCACCUCCACAUUCCAGGCAACAUAGUGGAAGCAGAAGUCCUUCUAAAGAAAGAAAGUCUUCAAAGACAUGGGAUAGAUUAAAUAACAGAUUAAAAUGUCCUAGCAGUGCAACAUUGAACAGUUCCAGUCGAGAUAGCGUGUCCAAUCAGGAAACAACAGGUUUUGUUAACAAAGAGACCUAUAGUGAACAGAGAAACUCACAGAAACAAAAAUUAGAAGAAAAAACAUUUGAUUUUCAAGACUCUGUUACAAUAUCACUCCCAUUAGCUAUUACAGAAGCCUCUUAUGACUCUUUGAACAAACCAAGGACCAAAAGUGAAACAGAACAUUUAAGAAAAAGAGUACACAGUAAUGAUUCUGUAGAGGAGCAUUCUAAAAGUGAUCUCUUAGGUCAGGCAGAAAGAAAGCGUAGACUUCUCAGUGUAGGUAGUCUACCUUUGAGUAGAGAAACACUUUUCCCAAAAAACCUGUCACGAGAGGAAAUUAAAACCAAGAUGGUUAAUUCAAAUGUUAGUGAUUCUUCUUCUGUAAAGUGCAAGAAAACUGAGUCUAAUGUAGAAUGUAACAUCAGAACUAAUCUAAAUGAUCUUUCAGAAUCUGUUAGUGAACCUCUAAGCAUGAAUCAUGUUGAGAAACAAAGUAGUUCUGACCAUGCAAAUCUGAAAGACUUGCAGCAAAAACAUGUGCAUAUAUUACAUCUUCUGGAGCAACUUCAGGAAAAAGGAAGCUCCAGUGACACUGAAAGUUCUAUAGACAAUGGACAGCUGUCUAAAGUACAACCUAACUCAGAAAUAAGUAUUCCAGGUGUUGUGGAAUGCACCAGAAUAUGCUUCAAAGACUCCUCCAGUGCUACUUCAGUGAAUAAAAGCUUAAACAAUAAUGAUAAAGUUAAUUUGUCAAAGGAACUAGCUGGGUCAGGUUGCACACAAACCACUGAAAGUAAUGAGUUGUCAGAAACCACCAAGACCCUAGCUUCACAGAAACCUGUGGAUCCCCGCAGGAGUGCAGAGCACCAUAAUGUUUCAUCUACAUCCUCUCUUAGUGCUCUUCGGCGUGUUAGAAAACAGUCAGUGUAUCAAAUGGAAUCUUCUUUAGAUCAUGGUCAAAAGAAAUUUCCAGGACUACAGAUUAAAAGUUUUGCUUGUGUUGAAGGAGAGGUUGGCUCUAGUAUAGACUCAUCAGCUUCCCCUCUUCUGAGGCUACAGUCAAAACUAAAGGAAGAUGAAGUUUCUUCAUCCAGUGACAAUACCACGACAGUUCGACAUUCAUCAUCAGUGUUGAGUGAUUUGACCAAGACUCUGUCACCUAGAUUGCAGUCAAUUUCUGAUAAUGUGGCUUUUGUCACAAAUGAGAGUAAGAGGGAAAUAGUCCCUUUGUGUCUCCCCCUGCCAAAGUUUGCUGCUUCCCUUCGGUCACCGAAAACAUCACCAAAUCCUCUCACCUCCCCAAAAACCACUGUGUCUAGCCCCAAAAGUGGACAUUCUUCAUCCCUAGCAUUAGCAAGUAAAGUGUUAACACCUCAUAUUCUUCGUGAACCAAUCCCUAAGCCAAUGCAGCUUGGUAGCCCUGAACCUAUAAAAGAAAUUGAAGAAAGAUUAAAAUCUGAAAAUUUAAGCAGUUCUCUUAUAGUUUCUAAAGCAAGUGUAAAUAAUGUAAGCGGUCGAAUGACAGUGGUCAUGUCCACUGAUGGUCACCACAAAAUAGAAAAGAAUAUGGAAAGUGCUUCAGACUCUGAAUGUUCUCCAAUUUCCUCACCAAGCUGUAUUGAAGAGAGAAUUAAAGCCCUCGAUGAAAAGUUUACUGCAUGGUCAGGGUCAACAACAAAUAAGAGUUUAACCACCACUACUGCAGCAUCAACAGAAAUUUCCACAACACCAGUUAUAGACUAUCAAAAGUAUAAUAUUAAAAAGAGGCCAAAAUUUGAUUACAUGGCCCCCAAGCCAUCAGAAAUAAUGAAGACACUCCUUGCUAAGCCCACCAUUUUUGACCAAGAUUUGAAAAGACUUGAGCACAUAAAUGAAAAAUAUGAGCCAAAAGAAAUUAAACUUGAUUUGUCUCCAAAAGUGAAGCCUUUCUUUCGAACCAAAGCUGCAGCAAAAGAGUUUUCAAGUCCAAUCCAACCAUUGACUAAUGUUACUAAUGCUAUUGGACAAGGCUCUUUAGAUAUGAAUAAAUUAACUGUAUCAAGUAGUAUUGUCACCACAACAACAUUAUCACCUCCACUAACACCACCCACCACAGGAAGCACUACUACAAUUACAACUACCACUGUCAGUCAGAUUUUAGUAGUUAAUCACAUUACCCAGUCAUCAUCUUACCAAACUAUUCCUUUUUCACCAUUAACGCCAGGUUCAGCAAAAAUACCAGUAUCAUCACCUCUUAAGAAUUCUUCUGAUAAUGGUUUAUCACAGACUAAACUCAACUCAGUAAAUCAACAUGUCGUAUCCUUUCAGCAAAGGUCUUCAAAUCCUCAUAGCCCAUCAUUUAUUAAAAAAGAACCAUCAACUAGUCCCCCCACUAUAUCUUCCUUGCCUACUGUUAAAGGAAGUUUGUCAUUAAUUUGCAGUUCACAAUCACAUUUAGUCUCUCUCAUUCCCAUAGCAACUGUUGGUACAAAAAAGGAACAUUUUCUUCCUCAAUCAAUUAAAAAGGAAUCUACUGAACCAAAGGAAGCUUCAUAUAAAACACAUGAUAAUGCAAUAAAAGACAUUCCAAUCAAACAAGAAAAUUCUCAAGAAGAUAAGUUUAGAGAACACAGUGUACAGAAGGAAAUUAUUAAAAAAGAGCCAUUAUUAUUUAAAGAAAUACAUACUUUCAAAAAAGAAUCUCUUAGUUCAAACCCGAAAGAUCAACUUAUUCAUUGGAAAGAUUCAUGUGGUAUUAUAGAGGGUAUAAAAAAGGAGCAAUUACAAGACAGGUUUGACAUGGAAAUAAAUUCUGUAGGUCAAAUAAAUGAUAGCAUUAAAAAAACACCUUUCUCUACUAAUUGGGAAUCAGAUUCAGCAAAACAGUCAAAAGUGACUUCAGAGAUUAAAACUGACAACAGAGAUGCACAAAGUCACCAAUCUCAGUUGAAAGAUAAAAUGAAUGAACCUGAAUCAAAGAGACUUAAAACACACCAUACAUCUAGUAGUAAAAACACUGAUAGAGGUGAAGAUAAAUGUUCCUCACCACCCCAUAAUGGAUCAGGAAAGACAGACAAAAAGGACAAAUCCUCAAAGUCCUCAGAUAAAGUCAAAUCUUUAACAUCAAAACCAGAAUUUCAAGUGUCUCCCUCAGAAAAGGAAGAAACAAAAUAUAAAGCUGAAACUGUAAAAAUUAAAUCGGAAAAAAGAAACAAGUUGAAAGACAAUAAAGAUGGAUUAAAACAUGAAGGCAAACUAAGAACAAAAUCUGGUGACAAGGGCUCUGAAAGAAACCAUGGCAAAAAUUCACAGUCAACCAGCAGCAAAGCAAAAAAAGAGCAGACAGAGAAGGAAAAAUUAAAAUCUGAAAGAAAAUCAUCAGUUAAUUGUGAAAAAGGUCAAUCAGGAAAAUCCAAAAUUGAGAUGGAAGGAGAAGAAGCACCUGUUUAUUUUUCUAUGUAUGACAAAGUCAAAGCUCGUUCAAGUCAUAACCAAAGCUUGAAAGAUCAGGCAACCUUAGAAUCAAUGAGGAAAAAGUUUAAUCAGCUGAAGAAGAGUCGUGCCAAAAAGGGAGAAAAAUCUAAGUCUGGAGAUAUAGAUAGUGACAAGGAUUCUGAUGUUUUCAGUCAUUUUUCAUCAGAUCCAGAAACCAAACCCAAACCAUGUGGAAAAAUUAAGCAAAGUAAAAAGAGAAAACUUGUCAUUGAAAGUUCUUCUGAUGAGGAAAUAACACAGAAUGCAUUUCACUUUGAAACGAGUAGAGACACAAAAUAUGCAGAAAAUAGCAGCGAGUUGCUCUCAGAUUCUGAUGAUCAAGUCCAUAAAGACCUAGGCUCCUCAAAAACACUACCAAUUUCUGUCACCUCAAAGAGAAAGAAAAAGAAAGAUUUUUUUGAAGUUGAAGCUUCAAACUCUCAAAUUGAAUUGUCACCACCCCAUCCUAUUCAUAAAGAUAAAAGAAAUAAACCUAAAACUAAGCAAACAUCCACAAAAAGCACAAGAUCUCAAGCCUUAAAAUCUGAACUCGAAACUACAGAUGACGAAAGGACAAUCAAACCAAAGUUAAAAAAGAAAGACUACAAGAAGAAGCGAAGUAAAAAGAACAAACUAUGUGAAAUUAAAUCUGAUACUGAUUUUUCAGACAAAGAAUUUUCACCCUUUAUGAAAAAAGGAAAAGAAGGUAAAAAUAGAUAUAUAGAAUUAAAGUUGGAUUCAGAAAGUUCAGACAAAGAAGUUUUCUUUCCUGAUCUUACUCAAAAAAGUGAAACAAAGGACAAAGGAAAAAUACCAGGAUUAGAUACUGAUUCCGACUUCUCUGUCACUGAUAUGUCUCAUUUAUCACAAGCAAAAGAAAAGACUAAUAAACAAUUUUAUGAUCUUAAAUCUGAUUCAGAUUUUUCAGACAGUUUAACAGGGCUAAAAGUUCAAAAACAGAAAGAGAAUAUAAAAGAAAAGCCUAAAAGUGAAAAUAUUGGUGAUAGUGACCCUCCAUCUUUGUUUGUUGCUGAACCAAAAUUAGAUACAAAGAUAAGUAUAAAAGAAGAUAGUAAUCUUAAGAAGGACAGUAAACUUACAGAAGAUGACAAAGAUAAAAAGCAAAGAACAUCAGCAAAGAAAAAGAAAAAGUCUCGCAAAUCCUCCAAAGCUAAAGAGAAGAAAACUAAUACAGUGAAAGGAAUUUGUGAUAAACCUAAAAAGGUAGAUGAUAAAGCAAAAGAAAAUAUAGAUAAUUCUUCCAAAACUGAUAUAAUAGAAAAACAUGAAAAUUCACUUAGUGAGCCUGCAGAAUCCCCUCCACGUUUAAGACCAAGCAUUUUUUCUGAUGCUGAAAUUAGGUCAGAUUUCUCAGAUUAUGACUUUGAAAAUCAGUUGGUUAGAAAUUUUUCAGAACAAGACAGCUGGAGGUCAAAUGAUCUGAAAAACGAUUUUGAAAAAGGGAUAAAAAACACCUCUUUGAGUAAAAAUAAUGUUUUUUCUGGAAAACUGAACGCUGAAGAGAAAACUAUUGAGGAAGAAGAUAAUGGUCCACCUCCUUUACUUGAGAAUGUUGACUAUGAGCAACGGGAAACUAAUAAUUUAGAAAAAGAUGGUAUUAAUGAGGUUAAUUUAAACAAUGCAGGAGAGACAAAUAAACACUUAGAGGAAGAUACAACAUUUCAUCUAGAAAUUCAAACAAAAGUAGUUACAAGUGAAGAUUUUCUAAAAAGGAAAAAGAAUCUGAAAGGAAAAAUUGUUAUAGAUGAAAAACACAAUUCAAAGGAUGAAAAGCGCAAAAAAAGGAACAAAAAACAAACUAAAGAAAAGAAGAAAAGAUUAAAAGAAGAUAUAUGUAAAGUAAAAGAAAUCACAGUGACACAAUUAACUACAUUUCCAUCAUCGUCACAAGUAGAACAUUUCCACCGACUAGAUGAAGACAGUAAAUUAUCAGGAGAUGAAAAAUUAGAUGAUGAAAUUGUAAAAGAAGCCAGAAAAUUAGAAGAAGAAUUACUAGCAGAUUCACAUGCAGAUUCUGAAGAAACAUACUGUUUUGAAAGUGAUGGACUUCCUAGGCAAGAAGAAAAACAUCAAGAAAGGAAAUUUGAAGAAGAGGCUGCCAAGGAGACUCAGAGGUUAGAACAAGAGCUAUUCUCUACUGAAUCUUGGAACUUAAAAGUUAGCAAACCAUUUGGAGAAGAAUGUCUUAAUUCUGUAGGACUGAGUGGUGAUGCUGUUAAGGACUCUAAAGCAUCUGAUGUUGAAAGUGUUAAAGAUGAUGAUAUUUAUUCAGACUUGGACAUGAAUCCCUCUUGUGUGAGGUAUCCAGAAACUCCAAAUGUUACUUUGCAAUCUGAAGAACAAGCUGAUAUGAAACAUGAAAAAACUGGUGUUGCAGAGGAAUUAGAUAAACAGCAAAAAAUGGAAGAUGACCUUGCAGUCUCAGCUUUGUUGCAAGCUAUGAAUGGUGAUGAGCUUCCAGCUCCUGAACUUCAAAAAGAUACAGAGUACUUGGAUUCACUUCUCGAACCUCACCCAGAACAUACUUUUAACUAUCUUUUCCAAGAUUCUGGCUCAAGUGGACAUGUACGUAGCUCAGAACCCAUUUCAGGAACCCAGGAAGACACUUCAGAAGAAAAGGAUGAUAAUGACUCUCACCUCUUUACAGAACAUAUACCUACUUAUUCACAAGAUUUGACUGCUUCAGAUGCCCCAACUAUGAACUCUACUGGUAAAAUCUGUGACCAAAAGUCUCCAAGGUCAGGUAUAGAGGAAGAGGAUGAAACAAAAGCUUCUCAAGUUCAACCAGUCAAUAAAAAUAACAAGGAAUGUGAACUACAAGAAAGAGUGGAAGAUGAGUUCUUGUUACCAGAGAGUUCUCUGUCAGAGAAGCAUGACUUUGAACAAGCUGAUGAACAAGUCCCUCAAAAAUCUGAUGAGUCCUUAUUUGAAACACUGGAAAGCUCCUUUCAAAUAUUACAUUCAGAUGAUAUGGAAUUAAAACUCAGUCCACAGCCACCAAUUUCAAUAGUUCAUGAUGCAGAGUUGGAUGUUGAACAACCUGCCAAGUCAGAAAUCAAUGAAGUUAUAGAAAAUUCUAGUCAAGAAUGUAUACACCCAGAACCUUCUCAACCUUCUGAAGUAUCUAGUGUGACACAGAAUGAAUCAAAAUUACCUAAAAAAACAGGAACUAUAUCUAAAAUUGAACUUAAAAAACCCAGACAUAGAAAGAAAAAAGGGCAAAACAACCAAUUGAGAGAAGAUGCUAAUGAAGAAAUGAAUCAGCAGCCCUCUAUAAAGUGUGAAAAUAAAGAAGAACAGGAAGGCAUCAAUUCCAAUUUAGACAUGAACAAAUCACAUGGUACUUUCUCAACAUGUAGUGAAGUUGAAUCUGAACAGUUAUAUAAUAGUGAGAAAAAGUAUAUUAAUCAACAAGAAGUGUUUAAUGAUUUUACCAAAGGCAAGGAGACAACUGUUUCAGGUGAAGCUGAAUCUCAUAUUCCAGAAAUACAAUCACAAGAGAUAAUUACUCCAGAAGUCUUAAACAAUGAAUGGAAAAAUAAUGACAGUGAUGAAGGCCACACUAUUGUAAAUAUUGUCAGAAAAGACUGCACUAGUCAACCAGAGAAUUUAGGAAAUGCUGAUACCUUGCCUACAGUGGAAGCAUCCAAGUUUUCAUUCUCUGAACAGAGUAAAACAGAUGAACAUUAUAUACCUUCUACUUCAGAAUUCUCUGAAGAUGCUGAGUUGGGGAUUUGCCAGUUAGAUUCAAUAGAAAGAGAACACAAAGAUCAAAUUGCUGAACAACAUACUGAGCAAACAUUAGUUGACGAAGGACAUGAAGGAAUGACUGAAGGAGAAGACACUGAGCCCUCUCAAGGAAAUGUUUUACCUAGUACAGUAGAUCCAAAGCCCAAGAAGAUAGUAGAAAGACAAAGAAGAGGUAGAAAACCCAAAACAAGGAAAUAUGCAGAAUCUUCAUUAUUUCUACCAAAUUAUGAAACUAAAGAUAUUCAGCAUGUCCAACCUGCCAUCUUAACUAGAUCUGGUGGACGUAGACGACGACCAUCAACUGCUGAUAAGAACAGAAGAACUUUACGUUCAGAUACCACUGGAUCACUGAUGUCAACUGAAGUACCAACACACACUUUUGCAGACACUGAAGAUUCUUUGGAUGAUCAAAUAUCAAAACUAAUUUCCAAAAGUGUUGUCAAAGUUGCAGCCAACAAGAAUGAUGACUUGGUAUUAAACUCUGAAGUUAGAAGCAACAAUGAUGAAUGCAUCAUCCGUACAGACGUCAAUUUUCCCCAAGACCAUAACAAUGAUUCUGCUAUUCCAGAAAUAUGCCAGGAAGGCAUUGAAAAGCUAUCAGAAAUAAAUUCAAUGGAAGAAAUGGGUGAAAACAUUAAGCAGGAAGAACCAAAAAAAAGGAGGGGUCGGAAGAAAAAAGGCUCCACAGAUCAUCAGUUACCUACUUCAUCUAUCCUGGAAAAACCUGAUAUAAAAUGUGGAGAAACAGAAAACAGAUCAAAAGAACCAAGGCUCCUUCUUUCCCUGUCAGCAUUGGAAAAAUCACCGGACCAGAAGCCACAGAAAGAAAGUGGCAAUGCAUAUGAUGUGUUUGAAUUCCGUGAUUCUGAGGAUGAGGAAAUUACAUUUGAAAAAGAUAUUCAGAACAGUUUCAAAGAGAGAAUGUUAGAAACCAAUCGAACUGUGCCACAUUCACACGAUUAUAAACAGCAUGAAAGUGAAAAAGAAAAGAAAGCUGAAGACAUAAAACAUAAGGCACCCCAUCAUGAAGAAAAAGACAUGAGUUGUAAGGAGUAUGUGACUGAACUGUCUCAACAUGGGAAAAUUGCCAUUACUAUAAGACUGCAUCAAAAAGAUGGACAUGAUGGAAGUUCAGCUGGUACUGCAGAGGUUGUUAAGACCUCACAAGCCAUAUGUUCAGAAGAGGUAAAACUACCUUCCUACUCCACUGAAAAACCCAAAGAAGAAUUAUCAUCCUCACUAACUUCAGAUGCCUUUCUUACAGGACCAUGUAAGAGUACUAGAAAAGCAAUUCAGCUUCAGUCACAGAUUACCAAAACUUCUGUAGAUGAUGUCAUUGAAGAAGUUGUCAAAGGGCAUUUUAAAAAUGCAGAAUCCCCUGAAGCAGACACAGAUACCUUGGGAGGAAGUCAAAGAAUAACUCGUAGAACUCGUGCUCGUUGUCGAAGUGAAGAAGUUUUUGCCAAGGCAGAAGAAAUGGAACAUGAUUUUGAGACCUCUAAUAUUAAGCAUGAGCCAAUGUUUAUUAUUCCAGAUAACAUUGUAAAGGAUCACCCAUCAGAAUCACUCAAAGUACCUAUUUCACAUGCUAUAAUCACAAGCAUUGCAGAUUCUUCAAGCAGUUGUUCUGAACCUGAUUCAUCCAGGCCAGAAACCAGAAUGCUUCUUCGAUCAUAUCGUAUUACAAGAUCAACUUCCCGACUUGAGUCAAGCAGUGAAAGAAGUGUCUCACCCCGUAGUUCAUCUGACCAGUUACCAGAGCCACUUAUUAGUCAGGUUGAAAAUAAAUCAGUUUCAACAUCAAUUGUAACAUCUUCAGUAGUAUCUAAUGAUAAUGGACAUUCCUUAACCCCACUUCCUGUUCUAAAGGUUGAACUUCCUCAGUUAUCUUCCACUCUUGCUACUCAGAUUGUAACUUCCACUUUGAAAGAUAGUAAGACAACAGAAAAGAAGACUGAAAGUUCAUUGUCUACACUGGAAAAAGAUGACGACACAGAUUCCCGUUCAAGUCCAACAGUGCUAAUUGAUCCAGUGACUGGAUUUUUAACACCUGUCAACAAGAAAGGAGAGCCCACUGGUGUCAUUCGAGAGACUCCUGAAAUCUCUGAAGGAACUAUAGUCACGUCUUUGAUAGAACACAGACUUAAUGGAAAUAAAUCAAAUGUUGUAACAAGUAAUGCAUUUUCCAAUACCACUGGUACAAAAAUAGAAGUAGUCUCUUCCACAGAGCAGAUUGAUCUUACCAGAUACACAUCAGGAUGUGUAGUUACCUACACACAAAAUCUGAAACCUAGUGUAGUAGAAUAUAAAAACAAGAAAGAAGAUAAAUUUUCAUCAGCUCAACUCAUAGCAAGUAACAUCCAAGAAACAGUUACAGAAAAUUCUGAAUCACUGAAUAAUAGUGUAAAUAGUAUGCCACAAUCAUUAGAGUUAGAAUCAGAUGAUACUGUUUCCACAAAACACAGUACAUUUAUUUCAACAGCAAUGACCUCAGUCAUGCCUGUCUCAGUUCAAACAAUCACUGCAGUUACAGGUCCAGUUACUUCCACAUUAUCUGUGUCUUCAAAACAUACAGGCAUACUUUCUCCAAACACCUCAGAAAAAGACCUUCCAGUAGGACAACCACUUGUUCCAAUAGCACAACCCAUGCCUGGAUUACCAAGUACUGCUGCCUCACCAUAUACUCCCACCUUAUCUGUGUCUGCAUCUCAUAGUCACAGAUCACUCAAGCCUUCUAUAACAAGCAUUUAUGGUCCACAAACACCGCUUCCUAGCCAUCAAAGUGUAGUCAAGACUGUUGCCCCAACAGCACAUCAGACUGCAGAAACGGUGGUGGCAACUCCAGUGACCCCUGUUGUUCAUCCAAGGAUUUCAGUUAAAUCAGAAAUUAAAGGUUUGGGGCAGCCUCCAGUCUUGCUAGCUGUCAGCAAAGAAUCAGCCACAAUCGCAGGUACAGGGAAAAGUGGGCAUCCUUAUCCACCAAAGCACAGCCCAACUUAUUUUCACCAGCCUGGCUUUCCCAUGGGUCCUCAUGAGACAGCAGUGCAUCCAGGUCCAUCAGUGCUUGUCUCUACAUCUAGUGGAGGAGUGAUUGCAGAACUUCUACAGAACCCACAGUUACUACAACAAAGGAAGGAGUAUUUAGCAGCUCAGCAUUCUGUUAGUGCUUCUGUUACUCAGAUGUCAGAAAGACUGAUUAGUCAUGUUAGUCGUACUUCAGGGCCUGGUGGUGGACCCAUACAUGCAGACAUUGCUGUUCGCCUAGGUAACCCCACCCCACCUCAAACUCCAACACCACCGGUAACAUCAUCAACACAUUCCUUGCAAGCACAGGAACUUCAUUCAGCACACUUGGCACAGGGAUUACAUCUUCGACAUCCAAAUCAGGCUCCUCUUAUAAUGGCACCACCACCACCUUUAGGUAUUCACCCUUCUGAUCUCCCUGCAUAUGUUCACAUGUAUGCUGCCUCACAUCCUCAUUACGCAGCCCUACAUCCAGAGAUACGAGUCCAGCAAGAGGCACAGGCUAGGGCUGCCGCUGCUAUGGGUAUUACACAGCGAUUUGGUUACCCACCAAUCCCUGCUGCCGCUGGAUUUAGGCAACCAAUUGAUACACUCAUGGCACAUACUGCCUUGUCCGAAACCAAACCUGAAGGCAAGUCAAGUCAGAGGACAGAAGACAAAUCAUUGCCUCAAAAGACAACUAAAGUUAAACUAGAACUGAAAACACCAUCAUGUGACAACAGACCUCGUGAUGACCAUGAACAUCAUCAACCUCACAGUUCAGCAGAAUGUACUAGUCAGCAUGUCAUGACCCCUGGUCAUCUUGUUGUGGCUGGAAUCCAGCCAGCUGGACAUUAUUCACCAGUAGUUCGUCAGUUGAGCCCUCAUAUAUCCAUACCUCAGCAGGAGCGAGCUACUGAUUCUCCUGCAGUGGCCAGUCCAUAUGCAUCUGGUCAGGUAAGACAUCCACCUCCUCCUCAUCUCUCUGGAUCAAGAAUGGAGGAACACAAACCAACGGAUAGUACUUCAAGAUUAAUACAGCUCCCUAAGUCUGAAACAGAAAAGGAAAUGAAACCCCCUGCUGCUCAUCAGAACCCACCAACCACAAUUCCCUACCAUACCUUGGAAUUAAGAGGUGCACCUGGGAGACCAGUCCCUGCUAUUGGUGCUCCUGCCCCUGGACAUCUUGAAGGUCGGCCAGUUCACGACCGGGCUUACACUCCUGGUGCUUUGUCACUGAAGAGAGAUGUACCUACUUACACCCGAGAACAGCACUUCGUGCCUGGAGAGCUUCACCCUACUUCCGACUCUCACAAGAAGAUGCAAACUCACCUAAGACCAUAUGUUCAUCAGGGGCCUCCCACUUCUCCAGGACCUCUCAGCCUUAGUACUACUAGUUCAGUAUCAAGCGGUAUUUCAGUAUUAAGCCCACGGGGUAGAGUUCAAUCUCCCAGGCCUCAAUCAGCUUCAUCUAUUAGUGGAGAGUCGAUCUGUUCUAGACGAGGCAGUGUUCACUUAAUGCCACAAACAGGAUCAGAGGCUCCUGUUUCAGUUCCACCUCCUGCACAUGCCAUGUCCCAACACACAGGAAUACCUCGGGCACAACCACAGACCCCACCACAUGACAGUCAGGUACCACCACAGGGUGACUCCCUCCUCUUACAGAGAUAUCCAGUUAUGUGGCAAGGACUUCUGGCAUUGAAAAAUGAUCAAGCUGCUGUACAAAUGCACUUUGUCUCAGGAAAUCCUCUUAUUGCAAGAGCAUCUUUACCUCCAAUGACUGAAGGAGGUACUCCUCCAGUACGAAUAGCUCAGAGAAUGAGAUUGGAGCAAAACCAGUUGGAAGGGGUAGCCAGGAAGAUGCAAAUGCUAGAAGAACAUUGUAUUCUCUUAGCACUGCCAUGUGGACGAGAUCACAUGGAUGUUCUUCAGCAGUCUAAUAAUCUUCGCAAUGGCUUCAUCAAUUAUUUGCAACUUAAGCAGGCUGCAGGCAUUGUCAAUGCAGCAGCUCCAGGCUCCCAACAGCCUGCAUACGUGAUUCACAUUUUUCCAUCAUGCGAUUUUUCCAAUGAAAACAUGGCAAGAAUUGCCCCGGACUUACUUCACAGCGUGAGUGACAUUGCUCAUCUGUUGAUAAUUAUUGCCACUGUAUAGUUGGGCAAUAGUUAUAUCACUUGGCUUUGACUGACUGGACCAAAAGUAUGAUUGGUAUCAUCAAAAGACUUCCUAUUUAAGUGAAACCUGCUGUAGUAAGUGUCGUCAGUAUCUCAACAUUAUAUUUAUCAAUCUUAAGAAACUACAUGACCACUGUACUGGAUCUUCAACGCUUCAUCAUUUAUCAAAAAUUAGUACAUUCAUAGCUGAAAAACAGACUGAAAAGGCAUUACAGAUAUUCAGCACUAGUUUCAAUCCCGACCUUGAACUAAGCAAGGAGACUGAGUGAAGGUGUUGAGUGAAAAUUUUCCAUUAUAUUUAACUGUAUUUCUCUAACAUACAUGUGAAUAUGUUCUCAUGUUGCUGUAUAGCACAAAUUUAAUGUUUAACACUGUUCUUCAGAAACAAACAAAAAGGAAAUGCAUUGCAAGCCAAGCAUCAUGGCAUGUAUGUGCGCUUAUAUUCUGUUUCUGUAAACUUUUGUUUGAAUCAGCUCACUGCCAAAUUUGACAAUACUGCAAUAGUUUAUUUUGUUCCUUUGUGAUAGCUGCAAGAUGAGGCUUUUUUUUGUUGCAGAAACUUAGUCAAUGCUUCAUCACAUCUCACUGGACUUAUAUCACUUUUAGUUGCCACUUUUUUAUCCCAGGUUUACACUACCAGCAUUGUGAACUAGCAAGUAAAACCCUACUGUUUUGAGUGUAUUGUCAUUAUCAAUGAAUUAGUCACAGCUGUAACAGGGCUAAAGUAACAAGUGUGGUGAACAGAAGCAACAGUGAAAAUAGAAAUCACCACUUUUUUCUGGGGGGGGGGGAGAGAAUGUUUAAAACAUGGACUUUUAGUUGCAAAAUUUAGGGGACAAUUGUAUAUUGGGACAUUGUACAGUGUAAAUAUAUCACAUUAAUGUAGUUUCAAGAAAAAACAUCAUUUAUGUUUGUAAGCUAUAUUUCAGGGAAGUCCGCAAUCAUACAUCCUGCACUUAGCUCUAAGUGUAGAAAGUGGACACGACACAGGAUCCACGUGUCCUGCUUAAUGUUAUGUAUAUUAUGCUCUCUUCAUCUUCAUGUCAGUGUAUUAAAAGAAAGAUGCAGGGGAAGCUUAUUAAAGCUAGCAAACAUAGUACAUAUUCAUUAUUUUGUGAUCAGCCACUGUUCAAGAUGAGUGUUGGUGGCAAAUUGGUUGGGGUUUCAGUGGAAACACUCAACUCUUAUCAUGCAGUAGCUACUUUUUUGUACAGCCAGUGAAAGGUUCUUUUCAUUUAUCUAUUUAUGUAACCUCCUGAGAAAACAGUAUUUUGUUUUUGAGUACUAAUAGUUCUCAUUUUAACUUGUACAGACAUUGUAGUAAUAGUUUCUUUUUCCCAACCACCCUUCCCCAUAUGUAAAUAUUAUGGUGUAAAAUGUUAUUACUAUAAUGUUUGACACAUAAUUGGUGUUGAAGUGACAUCUGUAUAAUUUGUAAAUAUAUGUAAUGUUCUUCUAUCUGUACAUUAAUUCACCUUCAGAUGAUGUUGUCACACUUGUUAUCACCAUGUCAUUUACUUUCAAAGUAAACAAAGCUUGUAAAGUUGUUGAAAAAAAAUGUCAGAUACUUUCAAACUAACCCCUUGUCUUGUUUUUCUUUUUAUUUCUGGUUUUUCUCAUUCAGUUGCAUCUGUUAGAUCAGUACUGCUAACCAACUGAAGCAUUAGAUAAUGAAAAAACACUUCUAAGAUAAAUUUAAAAAGCAAGCAAUAUUAUUGCAAUGAAUAUAAACAAAUACUUAGGCCCUUUUUUGUUUUAAAUGAGUAUUUGCUACCUUACAAUUCUAGGAUAUUCUCUAGAAGUUUAAAAGUAGAAACUAACAAAUUUAUGAUUUGAGCUGUCUGCUUAUUUUAAGUUUUACAACUACAUAAAAAAAAGUAAUUACUUCAUAAUUUUGGUAACAUGAUUAAUGUUGGAAAAAGCAGUGACUUAUAAACACAAAGCAGUUGUAUCUGGUAAAGUAACACAACCAAUAUUAUAUAUCAGUUAUUACAUUCAUUAGUGAAAAGAAAUAUUUAAUGACUGUUUCACAGUCGAAAAACAAAGCAAAAAAAAAACUUAAAACAAUCCUAGUAUCAUACUAGACUGAUGUAACUUCUAUCAAAUACAACCAUGCGAUUAAUAUCAACAGUGAAAUAGUAACAAAUUUUGCUUGCAAUAGUGGUGAAUACAUGCUUUUUAUUUAAGCAUAUACCAAUUUAAAACUGACAAGGAAACUUGAUUUUUCCUUCUGCAAAAUACCUUUCUUUUGUGAUUAUGGAUGUUCUAAUCAUUCAAAUAGUGACUGAAGAUGGGUUUUUUCAUAUUUCAACUGGUAGAACUUCAACAAUGAUUAGAGAAGAUCAAAGAGAUGAACUCUGCAACAUCCAAAAACCUGGCAACUGUGCUAAUACUUUAUCAACAACAACAACCAUGUUCAGCUCUUGAAACUGAAACAUUAGUUAGAUACAAUAAAGCUGUUAAAAGUGUAAAGUCAUGUUACAAAAUUUAAAAAUAAAGUAAGCCUACUGCUAACAGUAAAUGAAAUAAACAUGGAAGAAGUUAGUCAUAUAUUACAGUAGACACUAUCAAUCACAACAUAUACUUCAAACCAAACUCUACUGAAAAUAUAUUGGCCCAAGCUUGUUUAAUGAAAGUAAAGUUUAUUUUCAGUAUACAUACAAUUGUAAUUCAUUUUUGUUAGGUGUGAAAAAAUUAAAGGAAAAAGGUUAUUUAAUGCAUUAUGGGCUAAAGUAAAAAAUCCUAUUAAUCUGUCAAUACUUUAAUAACCAGUUUAAGAAAAUAUCACUAAGCUCUCCCUCCAAACAUCAUGGUUAUGAAAACUAAUUUCUAGAAAUGAAAAAUAAAAUACAAAAAAUCCUAAAACUGGACCUAGUCUUCAAGUUGCUCUAAAUUAAAAAAACAAAAAACUUUGUUAAUUGACUCAUUUACAGUGUCAGUGUUUUAAACAUGGUUGAGGAAAAUAUUAUAAGCAAGAAUAGGCUAAAAAAAUCUUAAAAUGAGAAAAAGUUUGUUUAAAAUUAAUCAUUUUGUAUUUUUAAAAAACCCUCUCAAACCACACCUAGAGUAAUAUGUAUUACUUUGGAAUACUUAAAAUUAAUUCAUCAAUACACCUUGGUAUAUGAAUAGGUAAUAUUUCUCCACUGUCCACAAAAUAAAUUUUAAACAUAUUUAUCAUCUUUUUUUUAAAUGGCAUAGCUAAAAUUAUUUUUUAAAUACAAAACAUAUGAUUUAAUAGAUACAACUUACAAGAUGGUUUUCAACAUUCUUAAAAUAUGUCAUUUUUAUCUCUAAAUAAUUUAUUAUAUUCCUAACAAGCACAUCCACAUGAACACAUUACAUAUUCUUAUCACUAUUAACCAGGUUAGAAUAAAGAUUAAAUUGUUGUUGUAUGUGUGAAGAUAUUACUUUGUUCAAUUCAUCUUUUACACCAUUAUGUAGCUGAACUACAAAAUUCAAUGUGUGGAUGAAAUUGGAUCUCAUACAUUAAUUUUUACCCAAUAUUUAAGCCAUGGUAUACCUGGAUAAGAUUUACUCAUAGUUGAGGUCAUGCCAAGAAUAAGACUUUGUGGAUUUAAACGUUGAUCAUCAAAAUGGGUACAUUUUGGUCCAGUGCCCUACAACUAAUUAAUUGAUCACUUCA